AUGGUUCAUUCCACCUCCAGCUCUCUUUUGGUCCACUCCACUCCCACCCUAUUCUGGUUCAUCCCACACUCUUCUGCUUCACCCCACCCUCUCUUGGUUCACUCCACCCCACCCCCACCUUCACCUGGUUCACCCACCCUCUCUUGGUUCACUCCACCCCCCCCACCACCUCCUGGUUCACCCACCCCCUCUCUUGGUUCACCCCACCCCACCCCCACCUUCUCCUGGUUCACCCACCCUCUCUUGGUUCACUCCACGCCACCCCCACCUUCUCCUGGUUCACCCACCCUCUCUUGGUUCACUCCACCCCACCCCACCAUCUCCUGGUUCACCCACCCCACCUCCACCUCCUGGUUCACCCACCCUCUCUUGGUUCACUCCACCCCACCCCCACCAUCUCCUGGUUCACCCACACCUCUCUUGGUUCACCCACCUCCACCACCUCCUGGUUCACCCACCCUCUCUUGGUUCACUCCACCCCACCCCAACCUUCUCCUGGUUCACCCACCCUUUCUCCAGUGUGCAACAUUUACACUGGUCCUGUGGUCUCUUGCUAGUAAAAAGUUCAUCGGGACUAAAUGA